GGGAAGCAAUACGAACACCGGAUAGGGAAAAGGAGAAAGAAAAAAAAGGCAGAAGAAAAGGAGCAAGAUCCAAACUAGAGGGGACCUCCCGAGUCACAUUAAACGAGAAAACGAGCAAGAUCAUGCCCGCCGUCCGACCAAACGCCGCCGUGCGGGCCACGCGCGCCCUGCAGCAAAAUCAAAAGACCACAACCAGACCCUUCUCGGCCACCCCGCGCGCUCCGGCCUCCCACGGCCCUCAAUACGACCCCCCGACCGGUUGGCUGUUCGGCGUCAAGCCCGGCGAGAAGUACCAGAAGGAGGGAUGGGAGACCCCCUUCAUCUACGGAUUCUGCGGUAGCUUGGCUCUUGCUGCUGUCGCUUACAGCUUCAAGCCUGAUACCUCAAUACAAACAUGGGCUCUAGAAGAGGCGCGACGGAGAUUAGAAGCCGAGGGCAUCCUUGAGGACCCCGAGAAGAAGUGAUGGAUCCCAACCAUAACCAUAUAGAGUGCGAUUAACGGGAAUGGAACUGCGGUACACUAGUUCGAGGCUCUAUUUGUACAUGAAACCCGGCUUUCCUUUUUACUCUCGUGCUGCCUCGUCCUUCUGGCGACGGUGAAGCUUCGAUUAGAGAAACCCAUCAUAGACGGAUCGCCUCCCGAACUGGUGAGGGGGGCUAGCUACCUACAAGCUACA